GGUACCUGCGAUAUUUAGAAGUCAACAGCAACACAAACAGCCUUAGAAAUGCCGUUGCCUCGCUUCUGGCGUCGUAAAGACCAACGACGGGCCAGCGAUGACGGGCCGGUCUACGUACUGGAGCUCAGCAGCUCAGCUGCAUCGGUCCGAGAAACCGCCGCAUCGGAUGUAGUGCACUACGGCGGCAAGGGACGCGCCGAGGGUCGCAGCGUACUCGUCCUUUCCAUUGUGGUCGCCCUGCUAACAGUACUGGCGGUCGGCUUCGCCUUGGGAGUAAUCUUCAGCGAGACCACGACACUGGCAUCGCCCGAACCGAUAACUGACUUCCGCUACAAGAGGCAGCAAGUCAACACCGAAAAGCUUUCCAACCAUCGGGUGAAGUACACAACAUCCGCCGGUGCGAGCGGCGUCCAGGGGCCCGUGAAAACCUAGUGGAAGUUCCCGCAGUCCACAACAUUACCAACCAGUCGCCGAGCACCACAGCCAAGUUUACACUUUCGAACAGACUAUCCCGCCAGAAGUCUGUCGCCCAGCACACAUGGUCCUCCGUGGCUGGCUCGAGAUGGGCGCUUUGCCGAGAAUUAUUCCAUGCACUACGCAUCUCGUGUACCAAAUUGACUUUGAAUAUAUGUAGUUACGA